AUGGACCUGAGGCAGGGGUGUUCUCCCGGCAGAUACUACCCCGGUCCAUUUCAAGGCUAUGAGCACAGCCAGCGCAGACACCAGCAGCCAGGGCCCGGGCCUCACCCUCAGAGUUUCCAGCUUCAGCAAAUAGCGUUUCUCCAGGGGCAGCUCCCAGAAGCACCCCUCGUUGGAAAGCAGACACCACCGUCACCCUUCCUGCUUGAACCCUGGCCGAGGUUUCCCGGACCACCUGCCAGAGGCUGGCCGCACGAGGUCUGGGGCGUCCCGAGCGGUGUGCCUUCCCGAAGCCAAGCCUUCCACCGGGGAUUCCGGCCGCCUCCGCCGCGCUGCGGGGCCCUGCCAUGGGGAGGUGUUGACCGGCUCUCCUCGCGUUUCCAGGCGCUGAGCAUCAGCCGGGAUCAGGAGCAGAGGGUGCUAGAGCUCCUGCAGGAGCGAGGCGAGGGGACGGCCGCCACCGCACAUGACCUGGCUCGCAAGCUCCAGGCCCAAAAGAAGGAGAUCAACCGCGUCUUAUACCGCCUGGCAGAGAGGGGUGCGCUGCGCAGGGAGGCGGGAACGCCCCCUCUGUGGAGACUUGCAGCUUCCGCUCCGGCUCUGAACCAGCACAACCGAGUGGUGACAGCCGACGGUUGGAGCCAGGGAGCUCCAAGCUCAGGUCCCAGUUGGGAACCCGCCAGCAGGAACCCCGCGUCCGACUCGGAAGACGAAGAGCCCCCUGAGCCUUUUGACAUGGCCGAGAUCAAGGAAGACAUCUGCAACCACCUGUUUGACGUGUUCAAGUCCUCCGCCCUGAAUUUGGCUAAAAACAUCGGCCUCUCGAGAGCCCGCGAUGUCAAUGCCGUGCUGAUUGACCUGGAGAGGCAGGGGGACGUGUACCGGGAAGGGACCACGCCUCCCAUCUGGUUCCUGACCGACAAGAAGCGAGAGAGGAUACAGAUGAAGAGGAGCACGAACAGCGUUCCCGAAGCCGCUCAAGCUGCUGUCCCCGAGCCCAAAACAGAAGCAGAGCUUCCCGCCUGUCACUCACCCGCGCCAGCUGCCUCAAACGAAGCGGCCACGGAAAGCCUGGAGAAUGGACAGGAGCCGGUCGUCAAGGCAGAAAGUAGUCCACGGGUCCCCCCAGAACCCGUGAAACCGAAACCACCUGUUUGUGACAAUGGCCCCUCAAAGCCGGGGUAUGUGGACUUUGAGAAUGGCCAGUGGGCCACCGAUGACAUCCCAGAUGACCUGAAUAGCAUCCACACCGCCCCAGGUGAGUUCCGCGCCAUCAUGGAGAUGCCCUCCUUCUACAGCCAUGGCUUGCCACGGUGCUCACCCUACAAGAAGCUGACCGAGUGCCAGCUGAAGAACCCCAUCAGCGGGCUGUUAGAGUAUGCCCAGUUCGCUAGUCAGACCUGUGAGUUCCACCUCCUAGAGCAGAGCGGACCGCCCCAUGAACCUCGAUUUAAAUUCCAAGUUGUCAUCAGCGGCCGAGAGUUCCCCCCAGCUGAAGCCGGCAGCAAGAAAGUGGCCAAGCAAGAUGCCGCCACGAAGGCCAUGACCAUUCUGCUGGAGGAGGCGAAAGCCAAGGACAGCGGCAGGCCGGAAGAAUCCUACUACCCUUCCCUCGAGAAAGAGUCAGAGAAGACGGCAGAGUCCGAGCCCACCACCCCUUCAGCAGCGUCGUUCUUAUCCGGGAAGAACCCCGUCAGCACGCUACUGGAGUGUGUGCACAAGCUGGGGAGCUCCUGCGAGUUCCGCCUCCUGUCCAGAGAAGGCCCUGCCCAUGACCCCAAGUUCCAGUACUGUGUCGCCAUGGGAAACCAUACCUUCCCCACCGUGAGUGCCCCCAGCAAGAAAGCAGCAAAGCAGAUGGCUGCCGAGGAAGCCAUGAAGGCCCUGCACGAAGAGGCCACCAACUCGGCGUCUUCUGAUAACCAGUCGGGAGACGCCAGCACAGAAUCAUUUGAGAACUUGGAGUCUAUGAUGCCCAACAAGGUUCGGAAGGUCGGCGAGCUUGUCCGAUACCUGAACACCAACCCUGUGGGCGGCCUGUUGGAGUACGCCCGCUCCCACGGCUUCGCUGCCGAGUUCAAGCUGGUUGACCAGUCCGGACCUCCUCACGAGCCCAAGUUUGUUUACCAAGCAAAAGUUGGGGGUCGCUGGUUCCCAGCCGUCUGCGCGCACAGCAAGAAACAAGGCAAGCAGGAGGCAGCGGACGCCGCGCUCCGCGUCCUGAUUGGGGAGAAGGAGAAGGCCGAGCGCAUGGGUUUCACAGAGCUCCCUCUCACCGGCAGCACCUUCCACGACCAGAUAGCCAUGCUGAGCCACCGGUGCUUCAACGCGCUCACCAACAGCUUCCAGCCCUCCCUGCUGGGCCGCAAGAUCCUCGCCGCCGUCAUCAUGAAGAAGGACACCAGAGACCUGGGAGUCGUGGUCAGCCUGGGCACGGGCAAUCGCUGUGUGAAGGGGGACUCCCUGAGCCUGAAGGGCGAGACCGUCAACGACUGCCACGCUGAGAUCAUCUCCCGCCGGGGCUUCAUCAGGUUUCUCUACAGCGAGCUGAUGAAGUACAACCCCCAGACGGCCAACGACAGCAUCUUUGAGCUCGCGAAGGGCGGGAAGAAGCUCCAGAUCAAGAAGACGGUGUCCUUCCACCUCUACAUCAGCACGGCCCCGUGCGGGGAUGGCGCGCUCUUCGACAAGUCCUGCAGCGACCGCGCGGUGGAGAGCACGGACCGCCACUACCCCGUCUUCGAGAACCCCAAGCAGGGCAAGCUGCGCACCAAGGUGGAGAACGGGGAAGGCACGAUCCCGGUGGAGUCCAGUGACAUUGUGCCCACGUGGGACGGCAUUCGGCUCGGGGAGAGGCUCCGCACCAUGUCCUGUAGCGACAAAAUCCUCCGCUGGAACGUGCUGGGCCUGCAAGGGGCGCUGUUGACCCACUUCCUGCAGCCCGUGUACCUCAAGUCCGUCACACUGGGCUACCUGUUCAGCCAAGGGCAUCUGACCCGUGCCAUCUGCUGUCGUCUGACAAGAGACGGGAGUGCGUUUGAGAACGGACUGCGCUAUCCCUUCGUCGUCAACCACCCCAAGGUCGGCCGGGUCAGCGUCUACGAUUCCAAAAGGCAGUCCGGGAAGACCAAGGAGACGAGCGUCAACUGGUGUCUGGCCGACGGCUACGACCUGGAGAUCCUGGACGGCACCAGGGGCACGGUGGACGGGCCGCAGAAUGAGCUGUCCCGGGUCUCCAAAAAGAACAUUUUCCUCCUAUUUAAGAAGCUCUGCUCCUUCCGGGGCCGCAGGGAUCUGCUUAAACUCUCCUAUGGCGAGGCCAAGAGAGCCGCCCGCGAAUACGAGGUAGCCAAGAACCACUUCAAAAAAGGCCUCAAGGACAUGGGCUAUGGGAACUGGAUAAGCAAACCUCAGGAGGAAAAGAAUUUCCACCUCUGCCCCGUAUAG